UUCUCACAGCAAUAGAAACCCUAACUAAGACAGAGGAGUGGUGUAACGAGACAGAGAGAAAACUGGUCAAAUUAGAGGGUUUAAUGCAACUAUAUUAACAAUCAUAUUGAAUCUAAAUGAUGGCACUGGGCCUCGGUCCGUACAACGCUAGCCUAGUAUGCCCAAGCCCUGGACUCACUCCCCAGCACCACAUUCAAACGGGAAUGAUGAAGAAAGACGGCGGUGGUGCAUGUCUUUAAACCCAGCACACCUUUAAUCCUCGUCCACAGAGAGAGUUCCAGGUCAGCCAGAGCCAGAGGUAAGAGCAUUUUGCUCUUGCAGAGCUCAGUUCCCAGCAACCACAAGGUGGCUCACAAAUCACCACAAUUCCAGUUUCUGGGGAUCUCAUACCCUUUUCUAGUCUCCUCAGGUACCAGGAUUGCAUAUAAUGUAUGCACAUACAUACAGGCAAAACACUCUUAUAGAGUAAAACUAAAUACAUCUCUUUCUAAAACAUUCAAAGUCAUUUUACUCAAGGGACCCUGCUCAAUAUAUAAAGAGCAGUCAAGCAAUACACCAAAUGUCAACUUGGGGUGUGUUUGUAGGUAUGCAUAUAUACAUACAUACAUACAUACAUACAUAUACAUGUACACAUAUACCUGCACAUGUGUCUAGACAGAUGUGAAUGAACAUACAUGUACAUACACAAAAUAAUUCUAAAGGUAUCCUGAGACUUUUUGUUUCAGAUAUAUACGUUACUUUCUCAGAUUUCAAUUUAAGAAUGCUUAUUCUAAGCUGGGCAGGGUUGCUCAUACCUUUGCUCCCAGCACUUGGGAGACAGAGGCAGGUGUGUGUCUAUGAGUUCAAGACCAGCGUGAUCUAGGCAAGUUCCAGGACAGCAAGGCUGUUCCACAGAGAAACUCUGCCUCAAAAGAAUGUUUAUUCUUUGCCAUUGCAUACUGAAAGUCUCUACCUUGUUUUGUUUUUUCACUUCAUGAGGUUCCCAGUUAAGUGUGUUUUGAGUCUCAGAAGAGCUUUUGGCUUUUUUAUUUUUUCACUUUUUGGACUCAGGGUCUUACUCUGUAGAUUUGGUGGGCCUGGAACUCACUAUAUAAAUCAAGAUGACCUUAAACUCACAGAGAUCCACCUGCCUCUGCCUGAGAUUAAAGGUGUGAGCCACUGUGUGCCCACCGUGAGUAGCAUCAAGACUGCUAAAUGUUAUGGGAACAUUUAGAGAUGGAAUACAUGAAUCCCCACUCUGUGACAGACCUUUCUUUACAAAAUGAAAUGAGUCUUUGGAGGCCAGGAUUACAACACAGGUGUGCUUAGUUGGCUGUCCUGGAACUCACUUUGUAGACCAGGCUGGCCUCGAACUCAGAAAUCCACCUGCCUCUGCCUCCCAAGUGCUGGGAUUAAAGGCAUGCGCCACCAUGCCCGGCAUUAGUGUGCUUUUUAUUAAACCUGACUGCAUUUAAAAUCAGCAUUGAAGCACACCUCCGCGUAUGUUUGGUGGUGGUGGGGGUUCCAAGGUUUAAGUGAAGAGGAAAGGCCCAGUCUGAGUGUAGAUGGCACCAUGCCUAGGUCCCAGGUCAAAGUCUGAGAAGAAAAAAACUGAGAAGACCAGCAUUCAUUUCUCUCUGCUUUACCAAGGACAUCAUGUGGCUAGCUGCUUCAUGUUACUUACCAUAUGUCAUUCCUGUCAUAAUAGACUAAUACUUUUAAAUCCACAGGAAAUACUUCCUUAAGUUACCUUGGACAGGAAUGUUGUCACAAGUGAUGACAGUUUUCUUUGCAGGAAUGACAGUCUUUAUUGUAGUCAUUGGUAGCAAAAUGUGGGUAAAGCAUUGAGCACUGUCUAUCACAGAGUAGGGAUUCAAUAUAUUAUAUUUAUUUUUAUUAACUUGGAUGGAUACUUUUACAUUUAUAAAUACUUCAGAGACUCACCAUUUAUUUUUUCUGUUUUUAUUAACUUUUUUUUUUCAGUUUUCCUUUUUGGCAAUUUUUAUUAGUUAAAAAUUGUGUUCAGUGCAUUUUGACCACAUAUGGUCUCUAACUCAUUCCAGAUCCACCCUCCUUUCCUCACCUACUCAACUUUGUGCCCCCCCUCCCCCCUUUUAAAGACUACCACGUUUAACUUUUGCUGCCCUUAUACUCCUGGAUGUGUGGCUUUCUACUGGAGCGUGGUUGACCGGCCCCGCUCCCAGAGCCCAUAUACCCUUAAAGAAAACAGAUUCCUCUCCUAGCCACUAUUAAUUGCCAAUAGCAAUCUCUGGAGGAGUGGGACUUAGUGCCCACCUCAUCUCUUUAUGCUGGUUUGAGCAUGCACAUGGGUCUUGAGCCUGCUGUCACGACUGCCAUGAGAGGUCACACAGCAGUGUGUGCAAAUAUGCAACUACCCUUAUGUGUUCAGGUAACGGUUUGCCUGCAGUUGCCUUCUGACUCUUAGUCUUUUUGCCUUCUUAGUCACUGUUGUAUUGCUGUGAAGGGCCACCAUGACCACAGAAACUCCAAUAAAAGAAAGGAUUUAGUUAGGGCUUGCUUAUAGUUUCUUUAGGUCUAAUCCAUUAUCUUCAUGGCAGGGAGCAUGGCUACACAACGGUAGACAUGGUGCUGAAAUAGUAGCUGAGAGGCAUACAGCAGCAGGAAGAGAGUUCCUGAGCCUGGCAUGGGCUUUUGGGACCUCAAAGUCUAUGCCCCCAGUGGAACACUGCCUCCAACAAGGCCAUACCUCCUAAUCCUUCUCCAAUACGUUAGAGGUGUUCCAUGGAGGGCUGAGCAUUUUUUUUCUUCUGUUUUCCAAGACAGGGUUUCUCUGUGUAACUGCCCUGGCUGUCCUAGAACUUGCUUUGUAGACUAGGUGGCCUCAAACUCACAGAGAUCCCCCUUUCUUUGCCUGAGAUUUGUGCUGAGAUUAAAGGUGUGUGCCACCACUCUUGGCUAGGGCUGAGUAUUUCAUGGCUUCUUAUCUUCUUCAUUCUCCAAUCAGUUGUAGGUCUCUGUGUUUUUUUUUUUUUUUUUUUUUUUGAGACAGGGUUUCUCUGUGUAGCCCUGGCUGUCCAGGCUGGCCUCGAACUCAGAAAUCCGCCUGCCUCUGCCUCCCAAGUGCUGGGAUUAAAGGCAUACGCCACCACGCCCGGCGGGUCUCUUGUGUUAUCACUAUCUGUUACAUAAAGAAGAGUUUUUGGUGCUGAGAGAUGAACUAAUCUGUGUCUCUGUGCCUUUUUUUCUGUUUUGUUUUUAAACUCUCCAUUUUUAAAAAGGAAGGUAUAAUUAGAAGUGGCUUCCAGCCACUUAAAACAGAUCCCUGUAUUCCUUUUUGUUGACAUUGAAGUUUCUCACCAGGAAAUGGCCUCCUUGUGUUAUACUGGUGUCAUACCACAUCCUGACUUUGGCAUGUGUGACAUGUUGGGGAGCAAGCUCAGGGCCUCACACCUCACACACGUGCUCUAUCAUUGACCUGCUGAUCUGACCUUGAACUCAAGAGAUCUGCCUGUCUCUGCCUCUCAAGUGCUAGGAUUAAAGGCAUGCACCACCAGAGCCCAAUUUAUGUCUCUAGACUUAAAUCUUCAGAUAAUGCCAAUCACUUUGUCCCUGCACUUAGUUUUACCUCCCUGAAAAUCACACGGGUGCAAAGAUGAAUUCAAUCCUAUGAUGUUGUGGUAACUUAAUGUUGACUCCUGUUAUGGCCGGAGUCGGAAAUAAUCCUCAACAGUUCAUAUGCUAGGUCACCUCUUCCCAGGCUGUUCUCGGAAGGGCUUGGAAGAGAUUGUGGGACUUUUGAGAUAUGGAGCAGAAAGGAGUUCUCUUGAAAUUUAUAAUCACCUCUGGUUCCUGCCUGAGGUUUGUUUCCCGAUCUGCCCAAGAGUAGCAGCUGACUGUUACAAUUUUCUGUUAACCACUGAGGAAGCCACUACCCAUUCCUUCCCCAGCAUAGAAAUGUAUACUCUGUGUCAAUGUAUAUAUACUGUGUAUACUGUGAGCCAAAAUAGAUAAAAACAAAGAAACAAAAAAACCAAAAAACCCUUUAAAUUGCUUCCGUUAAGUGUUCUAGCACUUUGUUACAGGAAAAAGGAUAUAGCUUCCUAUUCACACCCAUCCCUUCCUUAUUUUAUUUAUUCAAUUGCUUUUGGGAGCCAGGGUUUCUCUGUGCAAUUCUGGAUGCAACUCACUUGGUAGUCCAGAGAUCCGCCGCCCUGCUGGAGUGCUGAGAUUAAAGGCGUGUGACAUCACCACCCAGUCCCUUCCGUUGUAAUUAUUAUUUAGCUUAUGUACCCGUCCUGUUCCCACUCUCCUAACUGUAGACACUGUGGGAAUUAUUUAAGAGCCAGGGACUACUAGAGCGCCACAUCCUACCCAGUCCACUCUACUCUUUAAGAUGAGACGUGUAAAGUGAUUUUGGCCAUGAUAUAUAUGAGUCAGCAAUAUAGACUAGGAAAGGUUGACUCUUGAGUUUAGAGUUACGUUUCACUUUUGCUAGCUGUGUAAUCUUGGAAAUGGUUAUUUGAUUCUCUUGGAUUGUAAUUCCCAACCGCGGAUACGUGAAUCGCCACGAAAAUUCAACAUUAUUCUCAGGAACCACGAGAUUCGCGGCUCCCUCCCUGCGGCGAACACCUGGGAGACCCCAUUCUGGUGUCGUUGGAUUCCCUGUUUUCAUGAACUAGGGUAGCGCCUGGACACUCACGAUCUUCGCAUGAGAACCCCAGAGGCUCUAGGCCGACUCCUGGGGGGCCCCCGAUGCAGAGGAAGGCCCUAGCGCAGGCCCCGCCCCUGCCCUUCCCAGCACCGCCCUCGGGUUCGAGGGAUGGAGACAGGGCGCGGGGUGCUGCGGGGACGGUUCCGGUGAGCAUCCUCGGGAAGACGACAAGUCCUCCGACGAAGAACCGGCCGCCACUGAGCCCAGACAGCUUCUGCCCUACAGAUUGACUCUCUAGGCUUUCCGUUUCCCUUCCAGCGGGGAGGGUGGAACUUCCUGUUUUCUCCCGUAGGGACUUCCGGAAAGUACCGCUGGGCUGAAAACAAGUCGACACGCAGAGCCGCCGGCCAUUCGAGGGGAAACAGAGAACGUGAAUGUUAGGUCAUUAGCCAAGGCGAUCGUGAAAUCUUUUGUAUUUCGGUUAUGGUGUCCUGUGCUCCAUCCAGCGUAGUCGCCCUGGGAACCGCCGGAAGUGGCUCGACGGAGAGGCAGGAAGUCCCGCCUCUUCCUCCCAGAGGGAAGACGGUGAGCCGGAGGAGUCAGUCAGAGGGCCGAGCAGGAGCGAUUUCCCCGACAAACAGGUUGUAAACUCCAGUUAAAUCCAACUCUAACGACGAAACAUCAUCAGAACUUUAUUGAGAAUGGAUUCUGAGAAUAAACAUGACAAUGAUGAGGAUGAAAGUGUUAAGGGAGCAAAAGAUCCGAGGAGUGUUUCAUCCCGCGAUGACAGUUCUGAGCCUGUAUCUGAUGACAUGGCAAAUGUCUCUGAGAAUUUUACGAGCAAAAGAGUUUUUUCCGAGUCGUCCAACUCGGACGGUGUUGCUGCGGAGGAAUACAGAAGUGAGCGUGCUUCCAAGCGACUGAGAACAGAGGCACUGGAGCCUGAGACAAGAGAGCAGGGUGCCUGUGGGUUGGGCACUGUGGAAGCUAAUGUCCAUUUGGCUGAAAUGGGAAAGGAGGCCUUUCCAGCAAACUGCUCAGAAGGAGGCAGCGCUCUUCCCAGUGUUUUCUCCCCAUCUUGUGAUUUUAGCACAUCUAAUAUUCUUCCUCUGAAAGUAGAUGAAGUGAAAAAGCCUGCUCGGGAAAUGGUUUCCCUUGUUCCUGAAAGACACAAUCCUUUUCCUCCAGAAGAAAGGAGCAUUAGUUGUAGCUUUGGAAGUGUAGAGACAGGACUCAGGUGCGGCGUGUGUGGCUGUUCAUUUUCCUCUUGCUCUGCUUUGGAAAAGCAUGUGGAGUGUCAUGUGGAAGAGGGGAAGGAACGGACCUGCUGCCACUGUAGCCACAGAGCAGAGAGCAGCUCAUCUCCUCAUGAGCAUGUCAGACAUACUCAUGGGCCGCAGAAAGUCUUUUCCUGUGAUCUCUGUGGCUUCCAAUGUGCAGAAGAAAACCUGUUGAAUGCACAUUAUCUUGGCAAAACACACCUUCGUCGUCAGAACCUUGCUGCUCGUGGAGGAUUCGUACAGAUCUUAACAAAACCAUCUUUUCCUAAAAAAGCCUGUGUCAUGGGAACAAAAAAUGUUAGAACAAAACCAAGAGCUUCUAAACCAAUAGCAAAGACUGGGGAUUCAAGAGUAGUGCCGAGUACUGGGAAUGACUUUAAAGACUGCAGAGGAGCCCCUUCUGAAGACAGUGCUGGUGGUAGUGAGCUCCUUGUUGAAAUGGUGCCAUCUAGGAAAAUCUCAUCAGGCAAAGCACAUGUAGUUGAGGAAAAUGUUAGUUUUGGUGUAGCUCAAAAUCCUGAAAAUCAGAACAAACAGCUAGGGGGCUUAGUAAGCUCAGAGGGUCUUUUAAAUAAACCAGAAUCCACUAAAAAUGCCCUACAGAUGGCGCAUGUCAGUAUCAGUACCACCUCAAGGCCAAGAUCUGAGCGAAACCUCCUAGUGUUGGGUAAUAGCUUUCGCAGACGAAGUGGCACUUUUACUUUAAAGGGCCAGGCAAAGAAAAGGUUUAAUCUUCUAGGAAUUAAUAAAAGGGGUACAAAUGAAACUCAGAGGAUGUAUAUGAAACACUUUAGAACACAGAUGAAAACAAACGCACAGCCAGUGCUGGAACAAGUAGAGAUGAGCAAAGAUGUUCAAAGUCUGUGUGUGACUACCUCAGACAACCCAGAAGUGAUGCAGGACAAGACAGCCUUCUGUCUUUCAGGCUCCACACGGCUGGGCUCCCUGCCAGUAAAGCCAGCUGACCACCAGCUCUCUGUGCAGUGCACUUGUACAGAGUGUGGCCAGAUAGCUGCAAAUAAGACAGACUUCGAAGUUCACGUUAAACAGUGCCAUGGAAGAGAGAUGCAGUUUCAUUGUCAGACUUGUGACUUUUCUAGUCCGUCAAGGAGAGACUUGGAGGAGCACGUGCACAGUAAUCAGCAUCAGCACAUGACACCUGUCCUCAGCUGUCAGUGUUGUUCCUUUAUUUCCUUGAAUGAAACAGGUCUUAGAGACCAUAUGAAGGAGAAGCAUGGCAUGGGCUUUUUCUGCACCUCUUGUAAUCUGUUCUUGUCUGAGAAAGAUGUGGAAGAACACAGAGCAACCGAGUCACAUAAUAGUUUAGUGGUUCAACCAAAGACGGCUUCAUCAUUGAGUGGUGAUUCUGUUCUACCUUUCAGUACUGUAGAAUCAGAAAACCCGGCCGAUUCUAGAGAAGACUCAGGGAAGGCCGCGCAGGAAGGACCUGCUGAGUCCAGGGCAAGCCAUGGAACUGAAGCACGGCAUUCAAGUAAGCCGCAGUUUCAGUGUAAGAAGUGUUUUUAUAAAACGAGGUCCUCCACUGUUCUCACGAGACACAUAAAGCUUCGACAUGGACAGGACUAUCAUUUUCUCUGUAAAGCAUGCAAUCUUUAUUCUUUGAGCAAAGAAGGAAUGGAGAAGCACAUUAAAAGAAGCAAACAUCUUGAAAAUGCUAAGAAAAACAAUAUUGGUUUAAGUUUUGAAGAGUGCAUUGAAAGAGUAUGUAUAGGUGCAAAUGAUAAAAAAGAAGAGUCCAGUGUUUCUGGAAGUGGAAGGCCCGAAGGCCAUGUUGGUGUGCAAUCACAGGAGCAUUCCCAACGUGAACAGAGUAUGCUAACACCCAAGGAGCUUCCACAGUCUGGUGUCAUCACCAAAGAGGAUGAAUUAGGCUUAGCCACUACUCCAAAGAGAGGGAGGCCCAAAGGCAGCAUUUCUCGGACUUGUUCACACUGUGGACUUUUGGCCUCUAGUAUUACAAAUUUGACUGUGCACAUCAGGCGUAAACACAGUCACCAGUAUAGUUACUUGUGCAAAGUAUGUAAGUAUUAUACUGUAACUAAAGGAGAUAUGGAACGUCAUUGUGCCACCAAGAAACAUAAAGGACGGGUAGAAAUAGAAGCAAAUGGGAAACAAAGUUCAGACAUAGUUGUUGGCCCAGAAGGUGGUAAUCUUGAAGCAUGUAAGGAUAGCACCUCUCUAGCAGUGACCGUUUCUGACGCACAGGCUAGCAAGCCGGCUAAGUCAGACACACGCACUUUAGAAACGCCGGGAGUGGGCAUUGGAAAUGCAGGUGAUGCUGAAGCUGGGAGUGUAUUUCCUUCUGGAGAUGGAGAGCUUAGCAGUCAACUCUCUGAUAAAAAGGGACAGCUAUCUCUAGAGACAGAGGACCUGCUACAGCUUGAUGAUGCAUGCUCUCAGAGAGAGGUUGCAGGUUCAAGUGACAAUAAGUGUCUUCAGUGUGAGUUCAGUGCUCACUCUGCCGCUUCACUCGAGCUGCAUGUGAAAAGGAAGCACACCAAAGAGUUCCAGUUUUACUGUAUGGCCUGUGAUUACUAUGCGGUGACUCGCAGAGAGAUGACGAGGCAUGCUGCAACAGAGAAGCAUAGAAUGAAAAGGCAGUCUUACCUCAGCGCUUCUAGUGUGGAAGCAGGUUCUUCAGAAAUAUCCAAGAACAUCACUAUACCCGAGGAGGAGCAUUCACACAAUUCUGAGGAAUUUCAAAUACAUCCACACCAGUCAUCUGGUACUCUCCAAUGUAGAAAUCCUGCAGAUUGUUCUAUUUUAGAUGAUAAUACCAAUUUGGGUAUGUCUAAAGUACUCUGUGCUCCUGAUUCAGUGACAGUUGUGACUGAGCAAGAAUCUAAUUUUAGUGAAGGUCACUCCUUUUGUGAGACCUUACAGCAGCCCCUUGUUAAGGACAAAAGUAUGAAACCCAGGGAGAUAGUGUCCCCUAACACUCCCUCUAACCUCAGCCUCCCAGGCUGUCUUCAGAGUGAAAACCUAGCGAGCUCUGCUGUGGACUGUGAGACAGCAAAGAAAAACCGUGAUGUGUUGGAUGCUGUUGGGGAUAGAAGUACACCCUGUGAAGAUGAGGGAGGCAGUGUGGAUGAUAGUGAAGAAAAAAUUCUUGACAAGUCCCCCUGCCCUGGAGACCCAGAUGGGGGCCAUUCUGCCGAAUCUACUUCCUCUGUGGUAAUGAAAAUACCAAGAGAACAACUGGACCUGGAUGGCGGUGGCCAGAACAAGGUUGGAUGUGAGCAGACUUCUGAAGAUUUAAAAGAUGUGCAAGCAAAUCCUAUUCUUGAGAAUAAGGAAAUUCUGAUAAAUUCACAAGAAGAAGCUGAAGUCAUUUUGGAAGAGGAUGCCCCAACCUCGAAUGGCACAGCUGACAGUAAUGAUGUUUAUGAGACUAUAAUAAGUAUUGAUGACAAAGGGCAAACAAUGUACAGUUUUGGCAGGUUUGAUUCGUCCAUAAUUAGAAUAAAAACUGAAGAUGGUGAAUUGGUAGAACAGCCAGAAGAGGGUCUGACGGCGACAGGAGGGAGAGUUAGUGAGUUGCCCCUGAAAGACUGUGCUCAGGGGUUGAAGAAGAAGAAAGUUGAAGGUGGUUCUUUUGGUGAGUCCACACGAAUCCGGUGUGAUGAUUGUGGUUUCUUAGCAGAUGGACUGAGUGGCCUGAAUGUUCAUAUAGCCAUGAAGCAUCCUACAAAAGAGAAGCACUUUCAUUGUUUACUAUGUGGAAAAUCCUUCUAUACUGAGAGCAACCUUCACCAGCAUUUGGCUAGUGCUGGUCACAUGAGAAAUGAACAGGCCAGUGUAGAAGAGCUUCCAGAAGGAGGGGCCACCUUCAAAUGUGUCAAGUGUACAGAGCCCUUUGAUUCGGAACAGAAUUUAUUUCUGCAUAUUAAAGGACAGCAUGAGGAGUUGCUGCGGGAGGUAAACAAGUACAUAGUGGAAGACACCGAGCAGAUCAAUCGGGAGAGAGAGGAGAACCAGGGCAACGUCUGCAAGUAUUGUGGGAAGAUGUGUCGGAGUAGCAACUCCAUGGCCUUUCUGGCUCACAUUCGGACUCACACAGGAUCAAAACCAUUCAAGUGCAAGAUAUGCCAUUUUGCAACAGCUCAGCUUGGAGAUGCCAGAAACCAUGUGAAAAGGCACCUUGGGAUGAGGGAGUACAAGUGUCACGUCUGUGGGUAAAGAUGACUUCGUGGAAAGUUUGCUCAAGAAUUUGAUAUCAUCAAGUCGAGCAGCUUUUCCUUCAGACAAGGCAGCCCCUCGUCUCUGCUCUGUAAAGACGCUUUUGCUGGUUAUUCAAGGCUAGUGGACCAUCACUUCACAGUAUACGAGAAGAACUAUCUGAAGACCCAAUGCCUAUGGCGAGAUGCCGUGUACUUCCGUUUCUGCUCCUUAUCUUAAUUAAGCAGAUCUGAUUAUUGAAAGGCAGUAGUGUGGAUACAAUUCUAGAGAAAAGGUUUUAAUGCUUGCUUGGUUUUUUUGAUCUGUCGGUUUCAAAAUGCACCUCAGCCAUUUUCUCUUUAAAUUAAGAAUAAAAUAACAUACAGUGUGGAUGUAUAUUUUUGUAGAUUACUGUAUUUUAAUUAUCUUUGUUAUUUGUUAUUUGUUAUUAGUCAUUAGAUUGACAUGGCUUUUUUUUUUUAACCCCCAUACUGAGAAUUUAAAGUGAGGUCACCAUAGAUGUUGAAAUUAUAAGGGCCAGCAGGGGGCAGUGGUGCUAUGUUAGCACUUCUGCAGAGAAGUUUGGCAGUUUAAACAAUAGAAAGGCUUUUUAGGGGUGGGCUCUGUAGUUUUCCUCUAAAUUUCAUACCUUCAUGAGGUAUUUCUUCCCUUGAGCUGGAAAAUAAAAACAAAAGACUAUUUGGACAAAACUUUCCAAGUUAAAAAUAAUACAAACAGUAUGUUUUCGUAUUGAGUUUCCUCAGUCUCGGCUCCUCUUACAGGAUACAGUAGGUGUUUAUAGCAGAGAACUCACGAGCGGCCACAAGUUUGUGCUUGCCUUUUGGAUAUGGCACAGAAGCUAUGAGCAGCCAUGCUUCCUGAGAACAGGGGGGGGCGGGGGGGGGCUGUUAACAAAGACUGUCAGCUUUGGAGCAGAGUGGUGGGAAGAGGGAGAGUUCCCGACACCGAGCAUACCGCACGGUUCUAGUCCACCCGUGCAUGCCUUACGCUUUGUGCAUACAUUUCUAGAAUUCACCGGCCUUGCUGUGAGGGAUGUGCCAGUCCUGAGGGUGAAGUCAGGCCUAGGGAGUCAUUGUAGUGGGCUGUGGUGAGGAACCUGCUGGUGCAGUGUUUCUGCAGAAGUGACUUUCAGUCCAACCAGCUGGUUACUUUGAAAUUUUGUGAAUUUCUUAGACGUUUUCUGGUUGAUUGGUGGAGAUCUGUUGUUUUAGUGUUAGGCUUUCAGGGGGAGUCCCUUUCAAAGUGGUUCAGGAGCCGUAUUGACAGAUUCUCUGGAGUUAGAAGAACGCUGUAGCCAGUGAAUGGGCUAUUUCCCACGGAAGCUGCUCCUAGUACCGUGCACUUAGACAUCUGGGAAAUAACGCUGGCUUUGUCUUUUGCUUUACAAGGUUACAAGAAUGGUAGUACAUUUUCAGAGGUAUUGUUUUGGACGUAAAUUUAGUAUUGACAAAGCUUGUUUUGAGUUUUCUCAUUGUAUUUUGAUUAGCAGUGAUUCAUUUUAUUUUUAGCAAUGUCUUAAAAAUUAGCAAUAUUGCAUUCUAAUUUUUGUAAAAAGUUUGAGUUCUAAAUUGAUUUAAUAUUUAAAGUACUAGUGUAUUAUCAGAGUUAUAAUGGUGAAUACUUAGUAUAUCUCUAGGAUAACUUAUUAAAUGUUGUAUUGUAGUUGAAAGAAUUAAAAGGAUAGAUAUACCUUGAAUAAAUAAGAAUCAUGUUAUUGCCUUUUAUUGUGAAUACACUAAUAUACUUAUAAUAAGACUUGGAUUAAAUUGGUAUCUGUUGUAAUUUUAACCAUUGUGCUGUUACUGAAUUGUUAAGUACCAAUACUUGUCAGUUCUUUCUCCUUCGUUAGCAGUAAGCAAAACCAUAGCACUGCAUUGCAGUGCUCGUGUUUGUGCUGAUACACACACAUGUAGAAUUCUGAAGUUGAGCAUUUAUAAUUGAAAACAUUGUAGAAGGCUACUUGGUUGUUUGCUCUUUUAUAUUGAAGGGGUAUUUGAGGAAGUAUAAAAUACAAGGUAAAAUUUGAUGUCUUGACAAACAAGAGUAACCUGAUGGCUUUCCAGUAGACAUCGCCUGAGUAAUGUUUCCACAAGAACAGCAUUACCCCUGGCAUUUAAACCAAACUGUUAAAUAGUUCCCCUAAUAGAACAAUAAAGGAAACUUUCAGACUGUACUUUUUUUCAAUUAAAACUUGGAGCUUCCUUUAUGAAAAGCUUCUUUUGAGUGUUGGGCAAAGUGAAAAAAGCAGAAAACUAUACUUGGGAACUAGUUUAUAAUUUGAUAACUACAAGUGCUUGUUGGAUAAUUUGGCUUAAAACUUUUAGUAAUCAUUUUGGAAUUUGUGACCUACAAAGAAUACAAGGAAAAAUAAGAUGGCUAGGAAAGUCUUUUAAUGAUGGAAAGUUCUGAAUCAACAGUAGCACUGCCAACGACAGCUUGGCUGAAAUGAUGGCAGGAUCUGUAGCCUCAGCACCCCGGAGGCCGAGGCGGAAGACUCCGCGUUAAAAGGCAGCCUGGGCUACACAGCAAGGCUGUUCUCUUAAAACAAAUAAAAUAUAAAGAGCUAAAUUGUGUACCUUUGUGCGUAUGAGACUAUAAAGCAGAUGUAAUAACUUUUAUGUCACCUAGGGAUUGUUCAUUUUUUUCUGGUCCAAUGUAUUAAGCACAAAGAAUGCUGGUUUCUUAGAAAUGUAAUGUUAACGUUUGCUUUAACCGUUCAUUUCCAGUAGAUGGCUACAGUUCACUACUAAAUUGAACUUAUAACAUUUUUUUUUAACAAUAACUGAAUCAGGAUGGAGGGUGGAUUGGUAGAAAUGAGUAACCUAUGCUUUUUCUUACUUCGUUUGCUUUAUCAUCUAGUAUUGCUAUUUUUUAAUGAAUAACUUGUAAAAAUGACUAAAAAGUGGAAUUUUUGCUUUCCCCCCUGUGACUAAUGUUUAAUAGCAGCAUUACGUACUCUGUCUUAUGCUCACUUACCUUUUAGAGGUAGGUUUAUGCUAUGUAAAGGAUAUUCAUUCAAUUUUAUAAAAAAGUUAAAAUUCCUUAAAAUUUUAUAUAUUAUUUUCUUAAAUUCAGUUGGCUUAUUUUGUUUUGUUCUUUUUCUUUUUUUUAAAUCUCCCCCCCCCCCUUCCCUUUCUCCCUAUUGCUCUGGCCCCUGCUCGCUCUGAGUCCCCAUUCACUCUGGCCCAUAGGAUCUUUAUUUGUUUCUCAUUAGGGAUGGUUGUGAGCUACCGUGUGGUUGCUGGGAUUUGAACUCAUGACCUCUGGAAGAGCAGUCAGUGCUCUUAAUCACUGAGCCAUCUCUCCAGCCCUUUGUUUUGUUCUUAAGUUGAAUCACUGUGAGUCUUUUAUCACUUACUGGUUAAGUUUUUUGGCAUUUGCUAAGUAUGUGCUCCAUACAUAUAUAUGCUAAAUAAAGCAUAUACUUAUAUUUAUGAUUUUAUUUUUACAUGUUUAUAUUAUAUUAUCAAUACUAAUCUGGAUUUGUACCUGAAUAUUUUAGGAAUUAAAAUAAUAGAAAUACAAAUUUACUAUUUUCUUUAAAAAAAAAACCCUACUUUUUAGGUUCUGAAUUAUUUAAUAUGUGCUUUGCAGUCAGAUGGUUUCCUGUCGACUGUAACUGUAAAGCAGGUUUGUAUAGCAUCAGGAUGGCAAUGAUUACAUUGUAUAGCAUGUAUAGCAUGGUAAUGAUUACAUCGCCUUCUCUUUCUCAUCCGUAAAUACGACUGUGAUAUCUGAGUAAUUGAGCUUGAAUUUAUUGUGUCUCCGUGUGUUUUAGGUGCAAAAACAUUUUUUUUUUCAGAGAGCAGAUGCAAAUCUGUUACUAUAAAAACGUGUCUUUUAAUGAGUAAUAACCUCUCUUUAUUUAAUCUAUGCAUUUAUCCUCAUGCACGUAUGUGUUCAUACUUAUAAAAAGUAAAUGAUUUUUUAUUACAGGUAUUGCUUGAAUCAAGUAGUUGAAGAUUAGCAUUAUGGUUUCUUUUACAAAUGGGAACGUCAGCUUUGUGCAGUACUGUAAGACUGAUUUCAGACCUUUUCAAUCAGUUGCCGGCCUCCAUGGCUGGCAGCAGUUGCUUAUGCUGUUAUUAAUAAUACUUUACUGCUGUACACGCUACCAAAAAAACCUGAGGCUUUAGAAUUUGAGAAUUUAGAGGUUAAUAUUUAGAGUUUCUAUAUACAUUAUGAAUUUUCCUUGAAAACAAUGAAUUUAAUUUUCAUGUUUUAUUGCUGGUGUAUAUAUUUAUCAUAUAAUUCAAGUAGAUUUAGAAAUGGACCACAAUUAUAAGUAAUUAGUAGCAAUUUCGUUUACACAUUGGUGGAGGGAUAGUUGGAAUAGUUGAAGUCUACUUCUUCAUUUAGGUUACUUUUCACGAAACUAAUUCAUAGCAAUGUAGAGGUUUUGUUUGGCCUUUACUUAAUCUGGGGGCGUAUGGUACUGUUCAUAGGUAUGCUUCCAUUUAUACACAUACAAGAAUAAUUAUCAUUAGUGGACAGCCUUAAAGACAAAGGAUAUUUGACCCUACCCUGAGACCAUGCAAUUUAAGUGUACAAAAGGAUCAAGGACACAGAUUUUAAUAAUGCAAACAAUAUUAGUUCUGUCCCCCCUGGCAUCAGGAACCUGGACAUCCUAUCCUGACUGUAUACUCUGAUUCCAAACCUGGAGAUAUAUGAGAUGCCCUAGGGAGCACCUGGCUGAGCUGAGAACGUUUCAGUGAUUACAAGGAUGGUGCCUGGAGGGCAAUUAAGGGAGAGGGUAGAGAUAGGCAGUAAUUAGUCCCCUUAGCACCCUAAUGACCACAGCAAGGGACAGAGAGAACUGAGUAACAAAACUGGUCAGGAGAGGAGAAUGCUUGAGUGAUGUUGAGUUUAUUUACCAGAAGUAGAUUUUUUUUGUCUAUUGUCUGUCUGUCUGUCUGUCUGUCUACCUAUCCCUUUAUCUGUCUUUAUAUCUAUAUUUUUAUAAAUUUCUACACUUAGGUAUUUAUAUAACUAGGUACAGGUAUAGACUUUUCAUACUUUUAUAGUUAUCUAGUCUGAGGCAAUAUGUCUUGUCAUUUAGAGUAUUUGACAUUUAAUUUAGCACUUUAAAUUUUAUUAAUUGAAGCCAUUUCUGCUUUGUACAUUUCUUUUUAUUAUUUUGAAGUUUGAUUGCAAUGAUAGUCUUGCUUCAGAUGCAGUUUAUUGUGCUACACAAAAAUUUUAGCCUAGGUUUAAACUAGUCUUUUAAAAAAUGUUUGUGUAGACUUUCUAUUUUCUGAGUUGUUUGUAUUUGCAAUGGAAAAUAGACUAUUCUUGAUGUAGUCAGGCUGUGAAAGCCACAAAAUUGAAGUUAAACUUUUUUGCAUGUAUUUAUAUGAAAAAGAUUGUAACAGGAGAAGAUGCUACAGGACAUAUGCAGUCCACACCAGAGUUGUCCCCUUGAGUUUAGAGAUGAAAUCAGGUUUGUUUUACUGUUGACUUUUCCGGUGUGUGUGUUUUGUUUUUGUUUAGCAUCAGUUGCCUGAUACAGAUAUAUUACUAUGCGAUUUUAUUUAGUCUCUCACAUUACUGUGGAGGGGUGAAGGAAGUGCCAUGGGCAGGAAAUCUGAUAUGAUAGCUUCACCUUUAGUCAUUAGUCUCCCUGAGAUGUGGUGUCUCGCACAAGUACUAAUGUAUGAACUUUGCUACCUCGCUGAUCUUUACUGUGGUGCGCGCACAGCUGUGCGUGCAGAGCUGAGAGACCACUAACUGGCCUUGAACCGUCUUCUUGCACCUCUGCUGCUUACUGGCUUUCUUUUCUGGGCUUUGUCUGAAUCACUUCUCACACCACUGCUGCAGCCUUCCAAAAAUACUGUCCAGCCAUCAGGGGAGCCUGCUGUGCUGUUUCUUGUUGACCACUAGGGGGAGUCAAGGAGUGUCCCCAGAAUUCCUCCCCUAGUUCCUGCCUCCUUCCCUUUGCCUUUGGGUCUCUUUUCUUUCCAUUCCUCCUUGUCUAUCUUCAUCCAUCCCUCCCUCCCUCCCUCCCUUCCUUCUCUCCCUCAAUCCCUCCCUCCUUCCCUCCCUCCUUUUUUUCCUCUUUUCCUUCUUUUGCUUUCUCUUCCUUUCCCUUUCCUUUUUUUCCUUCCUUUUUAUUUCUUCUCUUUGUGUGAAAUCUAAAAUAUCACAGCUACACCUUUCACACUUGUUUCACAUCACUGAAAUAUGAACAACAAUUUAUUUUUAGUUUUUAAAAUUUGCCUAGAAAAUGUGUGAUAUUUUCCUAACUACUAUUUACAUACUGAAAUGAUGGCAAUAUUAUACAGUUUUGAUGAGUAAUGGCCUCUUAGAUCCAGUGUUACUGUUUAGAUGGAUAUUGAAUCAAAUUUAAAAUACUGUAAAGGAAAAUGCCCCAUAUGAUUAUCAAAAUGAUGUGUGUAAAAAUAACUGUAAAAUCUAUCUCAACCUAGUUGUGUUUUAAUUAGAACAACUCUGAGGUUAUGAAUAUCUCCAACAUGCAUCUUCCCAAUUAAAAUAUAUUGAGAGUAGCUGAAUUAUUACAUGGUUGUGUGCUGGAUGUUAUCACUAACACAUAUUACAUGACUUAUUACAUGGUUGUGUGCUGGAUGUUAUCAAUCACUAACACAUAGAUGCUUAUUCAUUUGUGAUCGGGAUCAAAUUUGGCCGAAGCAUCCAUAAACAAAUAUUUUAGCUUUCUCUAAAGAACAAUUAUUAUUGUAAAAUUAUAUAGAGGUUUAAAUCAUUAUAUGUGCUUCUGUUCUUAAAAAUGAGUAAAGAAUAUUAUAUAUUCAGAUUUUUAAUCCUUUCAUGUAUCUGCUUGGGGGAACUUGAGGGCAUGUUAGUAUCUCUCCUCCAGUUUUAAUUUUCUUGAGAUUUACAAAGUGUGGAUUUUUGAAACAUAUACAAUUAGAGCUUGCUGCUGGUGUGCUUUGGCCCUGUUUUCUGAUUUUCCAAUAUGUGAAUAUAUCACUGUACAUUGUACUUUUAUUUUUUAAAGUUGAGAUUUCAUUUUUUAAGUUUUAUCCUUUAAAAUUGUUUUAAUUGAUAAAUAAUCUCGUUUUGAUAUUUGAAAAUACAUGUAAGUCUUAUAGAAUAGUAGUUGUUAUAAAAUAAAUUUGUGUAAAAUAUUAAUUUCUGAAAUUAUGAGUAUGAGUGAAAAUUAUGUUUAUAUUUAAUUUUGUCAUUGUUUACAUUUUACUCGGUUAAAAUUCAUAGCUCUAAUUGUGAGUGCCAAAUAUUUAUUGUAAAAAAAAUAUAGCAUGGUCGAAUCAUCUUAAGAUGACCCUCACAGUGGUCACAGGAGCGAUGGUUCGUGGCUUGCUUUGUGAUCCUUUCACGGUCAUAGUCCUUGUUGGUAUAAUCUGUGCUGACGUCAGGGAGAAGGAACUGCAAAAACUUUUUGUGUUGGCGGCAAAAUAAAUGAAGCAGGGUUUGCAUUUUGAAGAGAAAUGUUGUGAACUGUGAUUGAAUUUGUCGUGAAAGUAUGUCACUAUUAAUAAAAGUGUUUAGGUACAAGUGUUUCGAGCUUGGCAGCCUUUUAAGGGUAAGGUUGGCUGCUGGGAGAAGUCAGUCCUGUGUGUCGGGAGCGCACAGCGUGACAGAUGUGGCUCUGUGCAUUCGGAUUCUUAUGCCAUUUCUUAUUUCAAACCCCUUUUGUCAGGACAGCAGGCAAAACAAUGAAGCUUUGAGGAGGUAAUUAAAGAUACUGUUCAAAGAACAACUUUCUGCAUAUUUGAAUUAUUACUGUCAUCAAAAUCAUACAAAUAUGGAAAUAUGAUUGCCAGAAGCACAUAAAUCAAUGAUCAGCAUGGCCUCAAAAUCCAAUAAAUAUGUAGAGUUAAAUACUUUAAAAUGCAAAUUGCAUCUGAUGAUUUGCAUACGGUAGAGUUUAAAGAAAUUUGUUGCUUAACAACCUCUAAGGUAGCAGUUAGGGCUGUGGGUAAACAUAGGUUUUUAUUCAUCAUUGGUCAAGUCGUACGAUUUGAUAAAUGCUGGGGGACUGCUUUCCUUGGUUAGAACGACUGCAGUCUUACUGAAUCCUAAAACUGCCUUGAAGUCAUCUGAAUAAUUAAGAGUUAAUUAUUCUUCAUCCAUCUAGAUCAGAGAAGGACAGAUUUAGGGAAGGAAUUUAUAAUUUUUGCCUCACGUCCUGUCAUGUGGUAAUGUGAUAAACUAAACUGACUCCAAAUAAUACCUAGUGACCUUAGCGUGAUCAUGCCUCACAGAACAUUUCUGUCGCUGCUGUGUUUUUUUAAUUGCUUACAUCGAUUCUAGAAACUCCACAUUAACAGACUUAGAAGUUUAAUUGUCCUCAAAGAAAGCAAUAUAAAAUUCAUGUUCUGUUACUGUUAUGUUUCGAGUUUAUCAUCAUGGAGAUGUACACACAGCAUGUAAGUCUGCGUGUGUGCUCUCAGCGGCAGCAAGCAGUGACCCCUAAGAUACUGUUGGGGUGGUUACAAGCACACUGAGACAGCCACAAAGGAGCCGGAGCCACAGGGUGGUCAUCUUUGUUUUUUAAGCCUCUUUGUAUUUGGAACAUUAAAAUAACCUAUUUAAGAUGUUAAUUUUUAUAAUUAAUAUAAUAAUAGAUCCAAUAACAAGUACAGGUUUACAAAGACUGUGUCUUACUUUGAGAGACCUAAGAAAGGCAGCGCAAAGCUCAGGUGCUUGGUACUGUUGUAUGCUACAGGCACACCCCACAAAAAUCCCAUGAAAAUCUAGUAUAGACUUAGAGGAAAUUUUUACAAAAUGAUUUUCUUUGAGACUGAAUGCUUUCUGGGUGUUUACUGAUCACAAGAAGAAUUGUAAUAAAGAAAUCAAUAUGCAUGAUCCUUUUCCAUGUAGUACAACAGGGUUACACUGUUAGGUUAAAUACAGGCGGCAUUCCUUUUCAGAAAAUCAAUUUGUUGUAUAGCCUGCAACAGCCAGUCUUUUCACACAGAGUCAUUUUAUGUUGUGCACACAGUAAAUUCUGUAUUGGCACCUUCAAAGAGUAUUGACUUCUAAAAGGCUCUAAGCUUAGUAGCCUGACUUUAGGAAGAAAGGCCAAGACGUUUCUAAUAUAGUAAUCAGAACUGCUGUACUUAAUAGAAUGAUCAAUAAAACUGUACAUUUUCUUCUUUAUGUUUUGUCCUAAACCUAUCAUUUAAAAAGACUAUUCAUUGUUUUUUGUAUUUUAACAGGAAUGUCAAAUAUGAUUAUAUGGAGACAUGUAGUUCUCAAUAUUUAGCUGUAGCUGUUUACAUUUAAGGUGUUUCUUCAUUUGUAAGUUACCUAUGUUUCUCAAAAGCAUAGUUUUCAGGAAAACUUGGAGUAAAUUGGUAAGAUUGAAGUUAUUUUAGUUUCCUACCUGCCUCCAUUUCGUAGCAUGAGCAGAAUGGUUUUGAGAAAAUUUAAUUAACCAGCCAAAGCUGGUGAGUGAGUACUCUGCCGUCGUUGCCACGGCAAGUAUUCAGGAAACAUGUGUGGAGACACGUUCCCGUUUUAGGUCCUAACAGUGCCUUGGCCAGUUUUGUUCCGACUGCUUGAUUUAGUAGUGUAAUGUUCCUCCCAGUGGGCACAGGUUCGCGAGGAGGCUUGUGGGCUGGGCUCUUCUUCUGCAGCGUGCGGGAGUGCAGAGCGCCCCUGCCCUGCCUGUGUGAGUGUUUGCCAUAUCUGUGCUUUAAUCACAAAGAUGGGAGUUUCCCAGGAUAACGAACUGGGAGGAAGCCAAACCUGCCUGUUAGUCUUUGCAGUCCGUGGAGGUGUAGCCAUUGUGUAGCCCUUAUUUAUGCAUUGAUUUCUUCCAAAGUCUUUACUAUCUACUUCAAGAGCCUCAUGGUUUUUGUAAUUGUUUGUAAUGAGAAUACAUAUUUAGGUUGCAAUUGAGAAAAUGCUUUACCGAGUUAAAUUUAUUUCAGCUGUCUAGUGCACUGAUGAAAUCUUUAAAACUAGGACUUUAAGUAGUUAUAAAUAUUAUAAGUGUUUUUGUAUUUUAAUUAGCUUAUGAUUGUGCCACCACUUACAUUCAUGACAUCUUCACGUCAAAGGUGCAUUGCAGUGUAAGAGCUGGCUGUUCUCUCAAAUGCUUGCAGAAUGCAGGAGCAGGCUCUGAAAGGGUUGUACGCACACGGAAAUAAGUAGUCUUUGCUUAGUCUGUGUAUUUACCCGUGUUUUAAGUGUUUAUAGAAACCCCUAACAUUUAAAAAUAUAUCAUCAUUUAUAAAAUGAGUUUAUUCUUUGAGCAAAACAUUCUUGUAAGAGGAACAAAAUUAUCCCAAUAAUAGUGUAAACCGAGCCAGGCAUAGCAGCAGACAGAAAAAUACAUUCAGCCGGUAGGAUCAUGGAUUUGUUUGAUUCAAGUAAUUGAAAGUGUUUCAUACUAUUAUUGCAACUUGAAGGCUUGUUUAAGUGUCUAACUGUCAGUCACACUGGAAGGUGAAAAGUAUUCAAUUGUCACUCUGUCAGUCAAUAGAGAUGAGAACUGUCUGCCUAAUGGAUUUCUUUACAUAGAUGUCUGCAUGGAGGUAGAAGUAAAAUCAAUGUGUUGUCAUGUGUGAGUAUGCUGCAUCAAACUGCCAGGUGAAUUGCAACUGUAUUUCUGUAACAUCUACAUUCUUGUGUUGUUUGUGUAAGGCAGCUGGGAGGUCUGCAUGUGCCGCUGUGAGAUGCUGAUGCUGGGAACCUGUAUUUUCUCUGAGAGACCGUUUUUUGCUGUCACCUGUGCCCAUGGAAAUAUCUAUUUCAACCUCUUAAAAAAAAAAAAAAAACAAAACAGUCUCAUUUUAAUUAAGUUGGAAUAAAUGAGGGGACUUGUUUUGUUAAAAGUAUUGUGCUUGGAAAAUUUACUUUUAAAUGCUUGGCAUGAGAUAGCUCUCAAAGGUACCACAAGUAAUACUUACGCUUUGAGAAUUAUGUAAAUUUACAAUUUUUUUAGUAGAUAAUCUCCCUGUUUCCGGAUGCCUCCCUGGCUCAGCAUCUGAAAUAAAGAGAAAACACAAGCUUAUUGGAAUUUGGUGAAAGAACAGAUCGUGGAGUAGGUGGCCAUCAUGGUUUAAAGUUAUAUAUUUCUUCAAAGUAAAGGAAAGAAUUGGUAGGAAGCCCUAUAUUUAAGUUCAGACAGUCUGUUUAAGAAUGGUGUGUCCUGGCCCCAUGCAGUACUGUGUGAGGAUGAGCUGGGUCUCAGCGAGAGAGAACUAAAUGCUCAGGAAGGAAAUGCACACAGUAGGUCACCUCUACAGACCUACUGUGUUUUGCACAUAACAUCUACAAUAACCCUGGCAGUUAUUAAAAUGUGAUAAGUAAAAGCUCAAUAACUGGCAAGGGUCCAUAAGAGAAAGUGGCAGAUAGGCUGAGGGAGUCCAGGAAAGAUUGGAAGUUGAGGCAGAGGAGAGCCACCUCACUGUUUUAUCCUCGUGUCUUUAAGAGACUGUUAAAGUCCAGGAGAUGGUACCCUCUAAGCAUGAAUAGGCCAGAGGACCAAGCUAUGGCCAGGGUGGGAUGGCAGAGAUGCAGGGGGAACAGGACUGUUUAUCAGUAGUGGUGCUGUGUCUCACAGUAUCUGACUGGAAGAAUUAUAUUGGCCAGAUCACAGUAUAUUCAUAACUGGUCAGAACUAAUUGGCCUGGUGCAGCUCUGUCUAUGCUUUGGAACUGCACAGAUCCAUACCAUGUCAGAAGUCACACUGGGGGCCUGUGUCAGGUUAACUCCUGCAUGUGUGUGGUAGGUGACAUUUAACAAGCAGCACGAAUCACUUAUCUCCACAGCUCCUUGAAGGAAAGGACAGCUUUCACACACUGAAAUCAUGUUGCAUCUGGAGUAUUUUUAAAUCUAGUAACUGUGGUUUUUUAAGCUCUCUUAUUUUAAAUUAUUGAGUAAACAAGGCCUGGGAGAUGAUUCCAUCUGUAAAGUGCCUGCUUAGUGAGCAAGCUUGUAUGCCCAGCCGCCAUGCGGAAUCUGAGUGUAGCAGAGCUGUCAUCCCAGUGAUGUGGAAGUGGACACAGAAUGACCCUUUGAAGUCGUAGGCCGGCCACUGUGCAGACAGCAUGCGAGGUUUAGUGAGAGACUGUGUCUCAAACACAAGGUGGGGUGUGAUUAACGGGGACCUCUGCUUCCCGCAUGAACAUGCACAUGUGCCGCACCGUGGUGACGACCCUAGCGCACUCAGUGUCAGUAGUCCCCCUUUGCCACCGCCCUUCCGGCUCCGGUGGCUUUUUAUUUUAGCAUUUAUUAACUUCUAGGUCCUUGAGCAUCAAAACCCUCUUGUUAGUUUUCUUGCAGCAUAUGUGUACAGUCUACAUGUAAUGUGGAAAGACCUAGGAAUCUGGGCUCUUUGGGUUGACUUUGAAAUCCAGGUUUGCCAGUUUUCAUAGGUAUUAGGCACUUUUUUCCUGGCAUAGUGUUAAUAAUCUCUUCUGAAGUAUGGAGACAUUACUAGGAGUAAAACUGUAUAGAACUAUGGAGCCCUUUGUUAUGCAGAUAGUGAAGAGCAGAUACAUUUUGUUGCACAUUUGGUCAGUGUUUACUGCAGAUUAGUUUGGUUGCAUAGGACCGAAUAGCUUUAAUAUGAUAUUUUUAUUUUUUUUUUGUACAAAAGAAGUCCACGGUUGGUCCAUACUUGAGUUGUAGCAUCUUUGCAUUAGAGAGGUCUCAUCAGAUAGUCACUGGCUGGGCGCAUUGGUACCUGCGUGUCAUGCUUGAGCAUGUGGCAGCAGGGAAGAGGCCACCCUCUUCUUGCAAAGAGCCAGUCAGAAUGUUUCUUUUGGGACAUUUGGGUUCCAGUUCAAUGACGGGAGCUUAGAGUGGAAACAGUUUUGAUACACAUGCUUUGGACAAUCGUUCUUUCUGUCGUUACUAGAAGACAAGAGACAGCGUAAGAAGGCAAGUUAUAGGGAUUUUUUUUUUUGCCAUUGAGUUUAUAUGGUAUUCUAUUUUUAUUGUGAAUAUAUGUGUAUAUAUACACAUACAUAUACACAUAUAUACACAUACACAUAUAUUGUAGUUGUAUAUAUUACAUUCACGGUUCACUUAGGGAGAAGUAACAAGUUACCAUGGUACCCAGUAUCUGUUUAGGAAGUGGGACAUUUACUCCCUUGGAACCCCACAUGCUUCUCUUAGACUUAUCUUUUCAUCUUUCUUGUAGCCACUCUGACUUGGAUGUGUUAAUGUUUCUUCAUAGUUUAACCAUAUAUGUCUUCAUAUUUUAGAGUAUCUGUUUUUGAGAUAGUGUUAGGAACCAGAAGAGCAAACACAUUAGUGCUAAGCAUUGCCACUGGCUUAAGAAGUUUCCCAGGAGAAAUAAUGAGGCUCUGUGAGUGUCGUCUGGAGAAAUGAUGAGGCUCCGUGAGUGUCGUCUGGCUUUAGUGUUUUGGAGAACAGAAGCCCUUCCAAACUUGUGUGCUUUUUGAGUUACAUGGCACUCUGGAGGGUUUGGUGGUGGUGGGCACACUGUCCUAUUGUGUCCUUUAUUGAUUGAUUUUUCAGAUCAGAGUGCUGUUCUGAGACAUAAUAUUAGCAGAAAGUUGUGACGAUGCUUGGGGGGUGCUGAAGGAAGGCUCAGUCGGUGACAUGCUUUCCCUGAGAACACGAGGCCCUGAGCCUAUGGGAGAAUGUGUGUGAUUCCAGUACUUGAGAGGUGGAGGCAGAUUCCUGUGACUCACUGGUCAGUCUCGCCUAAUUGUUGAGCUUCAGGCCAGAGACACUCUGCGUCUUAAAGAAGGUAGACAACCUUCUGCAGAUGACACCUGAAAUUGUCCUCCAGCCUCUAAAACAUGCAUAUACAUUCAUUUGCAUACCCACAUACAUGUGCACCCACAACACAUAAGCAUGUGCAUGAGAAUACACUCAGGCACAUCUACACUCAGAGUAAACACACACACACACACACACACACACACACACACACACACACACACACAGAGCCUGAUCUUCGAUCUCGUGUAUGCUACACUUCAAAUGCCCCUUAUUCUUAUUUUCUUGUAGCCCUUAGUGGGAUGUGUCCCCUCCACAGUGGGACUUCCGCUUGUGAGGAAGAGCCCCACAGUCACUCACUGUUGGUUGUCUCCUUCCAGCUCCUGACCUCUCUUUCAGUUGUUAGUAUCUUUAUGCAUAGUUACCUAACCUUUAGGCUCUGGAAACAGUUAUUUCCACCGAGGAGCCUCCUGUGCUUGGGUGAGAUGCUGCAGGCUGAUGUCUGUGACAGUGCUUCCAUAGCACUGGCAGCUGAGGGUGAGUGGGCAGAGCUUCUCAGAGGCCGUGGUCCCUAAGACUCCUUUGCACAGGAAGGGGGGGAGGACGGGACUUGAUGCACAGAAGCUGGAUGCUGUUCCUUGCCCACCCCUUGCCUUAUCCCCCACCCCCCACAUUCGCAACAGUCCCUGUAGAUAGAGCAGCUCUUUGAGUUGUUCCCCUAAUUAUUUUGUUCAUAGAUGCAGACAUUUCCAAACACAAAGUUAGGUUUUGGUGUGGGGCAAGCCUGAGCUAAGUGUCCAUGUGUGAGGUCAAAUCAUCAUAUUGUAUGUACUCAGGUGCUGUGUUAUUGAAAGGAGGCGUCGGUGACGAGUGUCCCGCCCCCUAGGCUCCCUGCUCUUUGCCCAUGUCGUUGGCAUUCUUAAGGAGAAGUGCUGAACUAAACCGAACAUGCUACUACCUCUGCUCUUUUAGACUGCUUGAGUAGUGUAGAGUUAUCAAAGUAUCUCCUUACGGGCAUAAAAAGGGGUACAUUUCAAAGUCCUGCGUGUAUUGGUGGUGCACACCUUUAACUCCAGCACUCAGGAGGCUCUGUGUGUUCCAGGCCUCCUGUACAUAGUGAUUUUCAGGCAAGCCAGGACUACACUGUGAGAUCCUGCCUCACAACCAGCAGCCAACCAGCCAACCAACAGCAUAUCUGCCUCAGCAGGGAUGGUAAUCUGGGAUGUGGGCCUGACAGGAGGCAUCUACUCUGUCUCAUGGUAACAGUAGAAGUGCCCAGGCUCAACUGCAGUGCUCCUGUCAGCAGGACUUGAGUCGGCAUCACUGCAGUGUGCUUGAUAUAGUGCCGGCUUCUCAGGAGCUGGAGUACAGAACUUCUACAUCUGUGUCUCAAGAUGUAAUUGGGACAAAAAGUACACAACAUAAAAGAUAACCGUGAGCUCAUUUUGAGCUCUGUAGUAGUGCUGCUAAAUAAAUAUGUCCUGACUGUCACUUGCACCCAAGCUCUUCAUUUUGAAAACUUGCAACAUCACGCUCAGCAAACUUUAACCCCAGCCACACCAUGAGUUACUAUUCUACUCACUCUGCUUCUGUGGAUUUGUCUGUAACAGUUUCCUUGUAUGCAGGAUAUCUGUGGGGCUGGUGUGUUUUACUUGGCAUAUUUUCAGAGCUGACCUGUGUGUCAGGUUCUCUUUUUAAGACUGACUACUAUGUUAUUUGUGUAUACACCAUUCUUUUUUUUUUUGGUUUUUCGAGACAGGGUUUCUCUGUGUGUAGCCCUGGCUGUCCUGGCACUCACUUUGUAUACACCAUUCUUAUUCAUCUACUGAUUUGGGCAGUUAGGUUGCUUCGACUCCUUGCCUGUUGUCAAUAUUGUCUUCUUAAUGGAUAAAAACAAACAAAAACAUUCUUCAAAGGUGAGCUUAAGUAAGAAUGUUUUGAUCAUUUUGAUUAAACCUAUGAUUUAUUGGAAUAGAUCAUAAAGACAUUUAGACAUUGAAGUUGUGCUUGACUCCCAUUGCUUUCUUGGAUCAAGAUUAGAUGAUAGUAUACAGACAGCAAUCACAUAAUUAUGGAUUCUAGCCUCUUUGAGCUUCUGUUAGUAAAAUCUCUGGCUUUUCCGCAUGCACUGGAAAAGUUUGAACAGGAAGAAAGAAAGGAUGACGUUGAAAUUGUUUGGGAGGUUCUGGGUCUUAGGGUGGGUGCUGUGUACUUGGUUGUUUUGGGUUGUCAGUUCAUGAAGCUCAGAGGCAGCACUGUCUCUGUGUCCCGUUGCUGCUGAACACAUCACAGCCUGGUGGCCUUAAAGCAACUUUUAUGUCUCAUUCUUGGUCCGGACUAUCAGAAUUUUAAAGUUAGUUUCAGUGACUUGCUGACCUGAGUGUGGCAAGCAUGGCUCUGGCAGGCCACACCCUUCUCCAUCCCCUCUACCUUGCUGAAAACUAUUAGAUCACAUUUGUAAAGUCUACUCCCUUAUUUGGCCAUAUUUUCCCCCUGAGGCCAACUGCCAAGUUCCAGGUAUCAAAGUAUUGAAGUCCAGCAGUCAAGAGCUCCCUUUGGUUCACCUAAUUAACACGCCCAAUUAAAAUUAAACACCUCAUCCUUAUAUGUGGUUCCCCUUUUACCUUUCUCAGCCGUCAUUUGCCUGUGGGCCAUGUCUGUCUCCUCUUGAUCCAGAGACACUUCUCUGUUUUCCCACUUCCCCUUGACAACUAAGUCCCCAUCCUCUCUCCCUGAUUCCUUUCCCUCUUCUCCCUAGUCCUCCAUCUCCUGUCUUUGUCUCUGAUUCUCUGACCUUGUCCCUCUGGGGUGAAUAGAUCUUCUUCGUGCUGAGACCUUAUUCAUGGGGUGGGGGCCCUGAGUCAGUGUGACCCUUUGAACUUGAAAUCAUGGUAUCGUAGGGUUGGGGCUUGUGGGAUUCCCCAGGUGUUCAUGGUAUGGUACCAGCGGGGCUUGCAGCACAGCUUCUGACCGCUCUCUCACUGGUAGGGGCUGUGCUGUCUACCUGUCACCUCGAAGGAAGGGAGAGGACUCAUGUAACCACACUGUGCCCACUCUUAAAGGCCAAGGAGGUUAUAAAACCUUAGUGACCCCUGAGAAGCCCUUGUUGCUCUGCCAAGCAGCAGCAUAUUCAUGCAUUCUGGGGAUCAGUAGGGACGGUGGCGUCUUGGGGUUUCUGUUACCCUGCUUUCUUUCUGCAGGCUGCUUGCUUUUCACGUUCAGAUCAUUUUGUUUCUUUGGAGAGCCUUAAAAAGAAUUUACUUGGUUUGCUUUUUUGUAGAAAAAUUUCUGAGCAAUAAAAAAAAAAUCACUUCCUUGUUUCACUGUAAUUUAAAUAUUUCUGCAUUUGGUGUUCACCUUUGUAUCCAGGAUUCAACAUUAUUUACUUUAAAUUUUAUAACAACCUACAUAGGGAAAUUGUUAGUUAGAAUUCCUAGUUCCAAAUAUUUACAUACAUUACCACUGUCCUCUGACCUAUUAUUUAAGAGAGCUAUUAAGUUAUUUAGAAAAUAUGCACCUACAAUUUUAAAGAUGUAAGCCAACUGUAUAGAAGCUAAAAUUCUGUGUAGCGUGGGAUCUUAACAAAGAGCUCAAGGACUGAUGUGUUCUACAAACCUUUUCAAGGUAAUAAUAAAAAAAAAAAUCCCUUUUCUGUUUUAAAGGCAGGAUCUCAGUUGUACUUACAAGCUCAUACUUUGUUUUGCUAUGUUUCCUUGAGCUAUUGGAACCAACUUAGUUUUCCCUCUUGAAGAGUAUUUACCAUAUUCAUGUAUCCUCUGCUCUUGAAACCAAUACCUUUAUAAGUUUUUUUUUAAAAAAUGGGAGUCUGUUAAUAAAAGUCAUUUUGUUUGUUUGCUUUUUAAAUGCUACAGAUUUAGAACGAGGAACUCAGGAUAGUUUUCCAUAUCAUUUACUUUUAUAUUUCUGUAGGAUAUAGAAACUGUUUAGGAUUCCGACACGUGGGGAACCCAGUUUUCUGUGGGUCAUUAAAGCCAGUUUGAGAGGAUCGAAUCUUAAUACACAUUGGGUUCUGGAGAUCAGUGCUAAGUAUCAGGUACCCACCUACUUCUUUUGCUAGCUGGGAAAGUGUGCUCAAGAGAUUUUACAGUAUUUUUCUAGGUAAAUGCAAGAACAUGACUCAUGCUACUGAAAUAGCAUUCACUCUGGAGAAGCAAUUUAUGAAUCUUAAAAAAAAA